UGCUUACAAUAGAGUUAGUUUUAUUGCCAGCUUCUGAUUAUGGAUGUUUUUACUAUCACAGAUUCCUCAGAUGACGAAAGUUGCAAUUCUAAUAAGAGCUUUGAAUUGCCAAUUAUAGUCCAUGUAGAAAGUACUUCGAAAAAUGAAAAUGCUGAUUAUCAAAAAAAUGGAAUUAUAAAAAAGAUAGGUGAUUGUACCCUUACUUUAAGGAAACAUCGAACAUCUGAUGUCAUUGAAAUCAUUGAAGAUAGUGAUGAUGAAAGUAAAUACAACAAUAGUUUACAAAAGACAAUUGAAUCUAAUGAUAGGUUAUUUGUUACUUCAUCUAUAGAAACAAACCACCAGAAUGUUAGCUGUUCAGUUAAUGCAAGAGUUCCAUUAUUGUCUUUAAAAAGCAAUAAUGAUAUUCAAACAACAAAAAUUAAUAUAUCUGUAACACCAAACAUUAGAAAAUCAAAUAAUUUGGUAAUUGGAAAUAGUAAAUUACUGAUAAGAAACAUAACCACCAAAAAAUUAGAAGAAAACAUCAUAUCAUUGAUAGAAGAUUCAGACAGCGAUACAGAACCAAUUUCAAGAAGAGAGAACAUAGCAUCCGUCAAGGAUAAACCUAAUUCUGUGGAAGUAUCAACAAUUAAUUCUGUGGUAAAGGUAAAGACAGAAACAAUCAAGGAAAAUGCAGAUUUACGAACUGAAAAAUCAAAUAGUAUUAAUGAGGCUGCAAUUCACAGAAAUGAUGAAGCUUUUAAAAACUUUCUACAAGCAUGUAAAGAAGUUGAAAAUAGUGAUCGAAUGAAUUUAAUAAUUGAGAAAAUUCAAAAGUACCAUAAUAAUGCUCACUCAGAUUACAUUAAAUCGAAUUCAUUUUAUGAUUUAAUUCAACGAUCUAUAGAAUCAAUAAUAAACAGUAAAAAUUAUUAUUUGUAUAUAAAAGAUUUUAUAGAAGAAUUACGGGCCAGAAAAGUGACUGUAAAACCAGAAAGUACUACAAGUGCCACUGAAUGUGAUGAUGAGAACAGGUUAGAUCCCAUAAGCAAAAAUAAGGAAGAAAAAAUUCACAGACUUGAAAGUGCAUUGAGAAAAAUAAUUAAGAUAUUAAAGAAUCUAGAAGAAAAAGAAGUUGAUUUUGAUGAUGAAUAUGAUUCUACAUAUCUGCUACAAGAUAGAUAUGAACGUCGAAUGAUAAAAAUCUACAAUAAACUCUGUGAAAUAACUGGUGAACAGCCAAGUGCAGGCCGUGCAAUAAAACGUAAAAUUUAUGUAGCAAUCAGUACUCACCAAUCCAUUAACAAGGCUGUUCAAGAUUUUGUUAAUAAAAAAAAGGAGUUUCCUGAUUAUCAAGAUAUUCUGAAAAUUGUAAAAUCGUCCAAUGAACUAGAGUCAUUAAAAAUGAGUAAUGCUGCUGAAGCACUUGAAGCCCGGAAAGUUUUUGAGCACAUAGGAAGUGAAUUACAGAGGAGGCGGCAAGCAGAUUAUUAUUUAUCAAUAUCAGAUUAUCUUCAAAGUGAAACUGAUCCUGCUGAAAAAGAUCCUUCUCUUAAAAAUAAACUUAAGAAAAAUCAUGAUGAGAAUAAACAUAAAAUUCCGGAAAUAAUUAAUAAAUAUGUAGAGAAGGCUGAAAGCAUAGGCUUGAAAGAAGAAGAGGUCGAUAGUGAUCAAGCAAAGAGCGAUGAUGAAAAGGAAUCUGAAGCAGAAGAAAGUGAUGGCUCUAGUACAAAUAUUAUUUAAAACCAAAAAAUAUAAAUUUUAUUUUCAUGACCAUAGAUUUUAUUAAAACUUUAAUGAUAAAGAAACUUACAGCCUGUAACACAUAAGAUUCAAAGAAAGGUAAAUAAAAAAAAAUUAGGAAUUGUAUUAUAAU